AUGUCGGAUUAUGUUCCUGGCUACCCUUCUGCAAUCGACGCGUCGAAUAAAACCACAGAUAAUUUAGUUACUCCGGACCACCAUGAUAUCGAUGACAUCCUGCACACAGUUUCCCCCUGUGACUCACUUGUUGCAAUCGCUCUACGAUAUGGCGUGUCGCUCUCAGCACUACGACAUGCAAAUCAGCUAUGGCCAUCAGACCCAAUCCACAUCCGUACCCAACUCAUCAUACCUCGUCAUCGUGCACGUCAUACCAAACGAAGAGCUGUUCCGCAAAUCACUUCUUCUAGUACUCAGGAAACUGUCGUUGUCUCCUCAUCACUUGAAUCUACUUCAUCACUCUCAUCAACACUUCUCGCCGCAAGAGAUACUGUUUUCUCCGCUUUCCCUACGCGCAUCUCCAUAGAUUCCCUCAGCUCUCGCAUCAGCGCAACAGAUGAGGAACUCGAGCUUGAAAAUUUAAUCAAGCCUCGUCUUCAAUCUCGCGCCUCAGAGAUAGAUUAUCCAAACACUCCUGCCGCGCUUAGUGUCGGACUUGACACCCUGUCGCAUUCCCCACGCAGCUAUAUGCCAGCACAUGAUAUAACCUCAUUACUUGACCAUGACCCCCCACCAAUAUCAUGUCAACAACUUCGCAGUCUCACAUCGGAUUCCACUAUCAGACCAUCUGCAUCUGAUCGCCUUCAAACGUCCAAGCACAGUUCCCCCGCACCUGUAUUUGUUCCCGUGCGCAUAUCCCAGCUAGAGCCGGAACCUGCAAUGGAGCUACCAGCCCUUAAAAAGCACAGGUAA